AUGGACCAACUCAAGCGGCAAUUCGAAGAGUUCGAGGCUCAAGAUGCAGCGAGGUCUAACUGCCUUCAUGAUCUGAUGAAGAUGUGUCUCGAAGUCAUGGGGGAGCUCAGCGAUGCGACGAGAGAUCCUGGCUCGAGCAGCAUUGACACGCGCGAGCUCAAUCAUAAGGCUACUGAAGACUUGGAAAAGCUCCAGCGAGAUGUGCAUGCUGGUUCUUCUAUCCUGGUGCUGAUUGACGCUGACGCGGAUGAAUAUAUUUUUGACAGCAAGUAUCUCGUCAAAGGUACUGUAGGCGGACUUGAGGCAGCUAGUGCCCUGCAGACACACCUGCGUCACUAUUUCGAGAAAGAGCACGCCGAGAUCGCAGGUCUCCCUUUCGUCAUCAAGCUGUAUGCCAACCUUCAGGGGCUGAAACACACAAUAGCACGUGUAGGGUUGACCGAAGCGUCUGCGAAUCUGGAAGACUUUGCCCGCGGUUUCAAUCAGACAAACGCACUGGUAGAUUUCAUUGACGUUGGUCACGGGAGGGAGCAAGUGGACUUCCGGAUCCGAGGACUUCUCGACCACCAUAUGGCAAAUCCAACGACCAAGCAUAUCGUCUUUGGCGCGUGCCAUGACAAUGGCUAUGUUCGCAUGCUGAAUGCUCUGCUACAUGAGGAGGGAAUGCGCGAGAAGCUCACCUUGUUGGCUGGUUUUCGCAUCGGCGAAAAAUAUCGAAUGCUUGAAUUGCCAACUACUGAAUUUCCGUCGUUGUUUUGGAGUGGACAUCUGAUCCCUCUGAAGCCACUGGUACUAUACAGCUCCCUGGACAAGCCAUAUAAAGAGCCGAAUAAACCAUUGAGGCUGUUCGCGGAUGUUAAGUCGACACCUAGUGGUCGUCCUACUGCCAGCGAGGGAGAAACGUCUGGUACAUCGAAGUCAGAAGGCGCUAUUGACAGGCCACAUGAGGCUCUUGUAGACAGUACGGAGUCAAUGUCAGGUAGCGAAGCUAUUGCUGACCAGGCAGGAAUACUCGAUGUCUUUGAGCCCGGAUGCAUCGUUGUGAACGGAUUCGGUCAACGCAUUGACAUGCAUCUUCCCAAAGCAUGUCCGGCUACAUACGCUAGACUGGAACGACGGAACUCUUCACACCACAGAAGACGAUGCAACGACUAUAUAUUCAAUAACGGAUGCUGGAAAGGACCAAAUCCAUGCGAAUAUCUGCAUGAAAUGCCCACAGAUACUGAGAUUAUUGCCAUCAGGCACAAGAUACGACUCCGACCUUGCAGGGCUGGCCUUCGUUGCAGAGACCCGGCCUGUCUCUACGGCCACAACUGCCAGUGUGACAGAGCGAAUUGCGGUAGAUUUCCCAUCCGUCUGCAUCAGGUGGCGAAGACAAACAUGAGAAAGAUCAGACCCAAUUCAGAGACUGAUCUAUUGCUACUGUAGAGAGAAGUCUCUCAGCUGGUUCGUCGGAC